CAUGAUCCACUUCAAAGGACCAACCGUCGUAAACUGAAGAGGGCGGUUACAAAGGCGUCUUACCAAAACAAACAGCACCACACAUUCAGGAAGAGGAAUAUAAUAAACCCGCUUCUACAGCAAUACUUGUGAACGUCAAAACAACUCGAAGUGACCGCAGGAGUGAACCACACUGGUCAAUAUGGCACAGAAAAGAAUACAGAAGGAGCUACAGGACCUGCAGAGAGACCCUCUUGUAAAUUGCUCUGCAGGACCAGCAGGGGAUGACUUGUUUAACUGGACGGCGACCAUAAUGGGUCCGACUGACAGUCCUUACCAAGGAGGAGUUUUCUUUCUCACAAUCAACUUCCCUACAGACUACCCAUUCAAGCCACCCAUGGUAUCAUUUACAACAAAGAUCUAUCAUCCAAAUAUUAAUAGCAACGGAAGUAUCUGUUUGGACAUUCUGCGAUCACAGUGGUCUCCAGCAUUGACGGUAUCUAAAGUGUUAUUGUCCAUAUGUUCAUUGCUUUGCGAUCCAAACCCUGAUGAUCCCUUAGUUUCAGACAUAGCGACAGUCUACAAGAGUAACAGAGAUGAAUACAACAGAUUAGCAAAAGAAUGGACCCAAAAAUAUGCCUCAUGAAGAAAAUAACAUCAGACAGAAGAGGAAAAACAUGCUGAUUUAGCAUGUUGUUUUUUUGCAUCCAGGACAUUUUAUUUAUACAAUUUUACAACAUUCUUUAUUUGCGAGUAAAACUAGUGACGUGUAUGACACAAAUCAAAGCAACAAGACAGCAGCUGAGUAACAGAGCAACAUGCUGAUCAAACAUGCUGCUCAAUAACUGGAAAAUCCCAGCUUCAGUCUCAGCUGGAGUCAUUAAAAGCCACUUGGAAACACAUUUAACCAUUGAACAUUGAAGCCUGAAUACCAAAUAUUUAAGCCGCUGAUUCUAACAUGUCUGUAGAACAUACAUACAUACAUUUCAUGUUGAUGUCUUUCAUAUCUUGUUGCAAUGAAUGAAUGAAUACUGAAUAAAAGAUUGGAGUAAAUUAGAGCAAAUACAAGCUAUGUAUUACUCUGUUCUUCCUUUAUUAUAAUUGUAAAAAAUGAAUCCACUCAAACUUGUGUACCCGAAGGUUGAAUCUAUUCUGCUUAAGUUGUCUGUAUGCUAUAUUAUCUAUGCCAUAGAGUGGGUUAAAAAAAAAAAUCCCGUUUUAUGUUCCUGUGUAAAUAGUCUCACUUGAGUUCUUUGUGGCACUUUUUUGUACUGAAUUAAAGAAUGGUACUUUUUAAAUUGA